UGAAUUAUAAGUCAAAAAUGAAGAGAUAAACACAGUUUCAUAAACUUUAUUCGCAGCUGCUUCCAACUCGCUGGUAUCGGCGCUGUGUGGUAGGUGUCCCUGACCUUAGACACCAAGUCAUCGGUGGCUCUGUGGCUGUGGAAACAGUUGGAUUUGCGUUCGGGGCCUUAUCACGCUUAUCACACUUGUUGGAGGUCCGCCACGUGCUCGCUGGAUUCCGGCGGAGCGCAACUGUCAUAAAUCUUGCAUACGCCCCGUGGGCAUGCGCGGAUUGGGUUCCGAUUCCGUGGCGUUCCCGAAACAUCGCCCCAUUCAUAAAGUGCGGCGAUGUUUCUUCCUCAGCCGAGGACUCGGCUGGCGACUCGGAUCGGAUCGGCAUGGAUGCUGCACGUCCGAUGCUGGGAAGGAACGGGCCAGCAGUCUGCUGUCUGGGGACUUGGACACGCUCAGGCAGUUUGCGGUGAUUCCUUCGACGAGGCGGUUGCAGGUCGGCUCUCGAGUUGGUCGGAAAAUCAGUUACGGGAUCCGUUCGAGUUUGGGGCUUCCAAGGGGUAAGACUCGGGCUCAGACUCAGGCCACGAAUUAGCCACAGAUAAGAGCCUAACAUAUUGCCAAACUAGUCUGUGCGGUUAGCAAAAAGUUUGCUCCAAGUGUUGUUAAGUGCUGCGAAGUUAGUCGUGGUAGUUAAGUGCGCUCCAAACUGAAACUCGGCCCAUUCGCAGCCUCCACACAUACACACGUCGAAAGUGUUUUGGCUUUGGCCCCAACGCCAGCUCCAACUUCAUCCCACGUUCCUUUCGGCCAGUCAAAAUGUUUUGGCCAGAACUCUUCGCCCUGGCCCCAUACAAUUGAAGUUUUGACAACGAAAUUUAGUUAAGCGAAACUGCCGCGGUUUCGUUUCCCUUCCGGCCCAACUGCAGAACGGAGUUUGUGCUUUUGUGCAUUCGUGGAUUUGUGGAAAAAGUGCGCCUUGCAGUCCUUCGAUCCUGUUUGGUUAACUACGUGAACCGCCAGCCAAGUGAACAGAUUGGGCGUGUGAUGUGAAUGCGAAUGCUCUGCCAUGGAUCUCAAGACUGGCUCUCUCCUGGUAGCGCCCGCCGUGAAGAACUCGAGCUGCUCGCAUCCGCGCUACUCCGGCCACAACUUCAUCGCCCACAUCGGCAUCGCGGAGACCAUCGAGGCGGUGCUCAUCCUGGUCCUUACACUGGGCGUCAUCGGUGCCAACUGCCUGGUCAUCUUCGUCAUCAACAACCGCCGCUAUGCGGCCUACAUACACCAACAGCCCCGCUAUCUGCUCACCUCGCUGGCCCUGAAUGACCUGACAAUCGGUCUGCUAAUUACGCCAUUCGGUCUAAUGCCGGCAUUGUUCCACUGCUGGCCGUACGGAGAGAUCUUCUGUCAGAUACAGGCCCUGCUCCGUGGAGCGCUUUCCCAGCAGAGCGCCGUCAUCCUGGUCUGCAUGGCAGUCGAUAGAUACAUGUGUGCCCUGCAUCCGCGGCGCUACUACCAGCACUCCAGCAAGAAGGGCUGCGUGGCCAUACUGAGCUUAACCUGGAUUAUCAGCCUGACGGUGUUUGGCUUUCUGGUGCUGCCCAAAGGUUACUACUUCAACAAUACGGGUCUAAUGGCCUGCGAGCCCUUCUACAGCAAGCCAUCCUACAGGAUACUGUCCACGUGCGCCCUCUACUUCCCCACCACAAUGGUGCUGAUGUACUGCUACGGCUCCAGCUUCCACAUGAGCCGCUUCCGGCUAAACGACCCGACCAUGCCCCUCACGGCCGCCGCCCACCACCCCCAUCCGCACCCACACCCCACCGCCGCCCAGCAGCUGCAGAUGCACCAGCAACACCAACAGCACCCGCACCACCAGCAGGCGGGGAUGCACUCGCACCUCUACCACGGCCACUCGCACCACCCCAACCACCCCAACCACCCAAGCCAUCCGAACCACCACGGCCACCCACACCACCACGGACCACCGAUGAUGGGCCAUCUCAGCAUGGCCAUGAGCAUGGGACUGGCCGGCAUGCCGAACAUGACAAACAAGAUUACCAAAAAGAUUGUUCCCAUCCAGGAGAAGAACUCCAGCGGCUGCACCUCGCGCUCCAUGGCCGCCAUCUCGCUGGGCUUCAUUGUGAUGGUCACUCCGUGGACGAUUCAGGAGAUAGUCACCGCCUGCACGGGAUCCAAGCUGCCGCCGUUCCUCGAUUUCCUGGUCACCUGGACGGCGCUGAGCAAUAGUCUGUGGAACCCGUUCAUGUACUGGCUGCUGAACUCCGACUUCCGGCGCCUCAGUCGCCAGCUGAUGCCGAACAAAUGCUUCCCCCACGAGGAUACGCCCGAGCACAAAUCAGGCUGUUGUCACAUCAAUGCUAACGAUUUCGAAAUCACAACGCUUCCGAUUCCCCCGGAACCCCCCUCAUCCCGUCCUCCGGGCGGAGCAGGAGGAGCAGGAGGUCCAUCCAGCGGAGGAGCCAGCUCUGGCGGCGGAGUGGCCAGUUCGAUUAGCGGCUCCGUCCUGGGGAUCUGCGCCCGCUCGCGAACAAACAGCCUCAGCCGCAGUGCCUCCCAGUACAUCCGAGGCACCAUGGGCGGCGGAGGAGUCCACAACCACCAGGCGACGGAGGCCUUCUCCACCACGCGGCCGGACAUCGAGGGCCUCUCCGAGAAGUACUGGGGCGAGAUCCUGGAGAGAACCGUCAGCUCGGGCAACCUAAAUGCCAUGCAGAAGCACCUGCCGCCCCACCUGCCCUACACCCACCACCUGGUCCACCAGCUCCACCAGCCGCAGCAGCACCACCAGCAGCAGACCACCUCCUUCAGCAAGGCCAGCGAUCUGCAGCUGAACCUGAAUCUCAGCCAGGCGGCCACGGCCGCCGAGCUGGGCAAGUUCUCCAACUCGGAGCCGAAGCUGUGCGAGCACCUCUUCCACGACGUGAACUGCGCCAAGAGCAAGGCCGCCAACGGGGAACAGGGGGAGUCCUCCGGCAAGCUGGCCUGCGGCCGCAGCAUUCCGGACAUCUAGUACGCCGAGGACGUGAUCCUGGCCAAGAACCAGCUGCUGGCCAGGCAGGCCAAGUGCUCCCACCAUCCGCUGCACCAGCAGGCCAAGACUCCAAGGCUCCAUUCCCACACGGGCAGCCUGCGCUUCAGCCGGAUUCGCGCCGCCUGCCACAGUCCGCCGCCGGAGAAGUCCGGCUUUCCCAUGGCCGAGUACCGCAAGUAGGAUCACAGAGCGCAUUGGGGUCAAGGAUGCCAGGAAACGGGUUUCCAGGAUGCAAGGAUUCCCAAGUUUCCCCAGUAUAUAUGGUAUAACCAUGCAAAGUGUAGGGAGAAUAGGAAGAAUAGGGAGUGAGAGCGAGCGAGUAUCUAUAAGAUUCCAUAGGUGUAUGUGCGUGUGAGUGUCUAUAUAAUACCGCAUGAUCAAACCAUAAUAUGUGUGUUUUCUAUUAGGCUUAAGAUCUAGCAGGUCCUACGGUCGGGUUUUCAAUUCCAAGUCUCUGAGAUUCGCAAAGUAGCCCACGGAUUGUGGAUUGCAGCCUUGGCAAAGGACUACAAGAAGAUAGCACCCAUCCUCAGAUAAUCCACUUUCUAUAUCCAUCUGAGAACUUCUAUUAGCCAGACUGCUCCUUUCUUUACAAUACCUGAUCUGGGGGAUCGAAAUUAACCGAGAUAAGCAGAAGUUAACCAUAGUAAGUGUUCAUUCAAUGUUUGUGAUACCCUAAGUUUCCCAGCCCAACAUACGAGUAACAUAUAAUAUAAUAUAAUCCUAGUUGUUGUGUGUGUGCGUCGGCUAACUUAAACGUAGGCUAGAUGGAAAAACAGAGAUAUCAGACUUUCCUCUACAAAACCCUCGACAUUCGGAAACCCUUCUCUAAAUUUACCACCUCCUAAGGAUCAACGAUAAAGGAUCAAGGAUCUACGUAGUUUCUGAUAUUGGCGGACCUUCAAGCGUUGUGGUUAAUCAUAGUUGUAGUUCCAUAGCUCAAGUCGUAUCGUAUACCAACUUACUCACAGUUCGACGAAUCAAAAUCAAAUCCUAACUUUGUGAUUGUCAAGAAUUUAGGUCGGUUUAGGUCGGUGUGGACAUUACUGUUAAAUCAUUUUUAAUUUGUAGCUAAGUAAUUGACUAGUUAAAGCCAAAUAAAUUUACAGUCUAAGUAAGUCUAACUUUAGUUAACUAAAUAAACGCGAAAACGCGAGGUGUGUAACGAAUAUAUUUCAUAGGCAAGGCAUUCAAAUCGAAAUAAAU